GUCUUUCUUUCUUUAAUUCCUCUGACAAUAAUUUCUGCAAUUUUACUUAAUUAGUUUACAUGAGGAAACUUUGUCCAAAUAUGGAGAAAGAAGAUGGCCUUGAGACGGUGCUCGAGGUCCCAAUACCAGAAGAAAUGUUCCAUAGCAUGGGUAACAAUGUUCAUUUACGAUGGCAAAACAUGUUAUCCUGGAUGAAAGCUCAAACUUCUGAAAAAUGGUCGCAACCAGUCAUUGCGAGUCGAUUUAACGAGCUACGUUUCCUCCUUUACCUUGUUGGUUCUCCUCUUAUCCCUCUCCAGGUCCAAUUAGGCCACUCUGUUCAUAAGCCUGUCAAAGAUUGUUCCAUCCAAGCAUCAACGGCAAAAUACAUUGUACAACAAUACAUAGCGGCCACAGGAGGACAAGCAGCUUUAAAUGCAGUGCACAGCAUGUGCGUAACAGGACAAGUGAAAAUUACAGCAUCAGAGUUUCGGCGGGGCGAUCAAGAUCCAAGCACAAAUGUGAAAACCACCCACGAAGCUGGUGGAUUCGUGCUAUGGCAGAAAGAUCCAGACUUAUGGUAUUUAGAAUUCGUUGUCUCUGGCUGCAAGGUCAUCUGUGGAAGCAACGGCAAGCUUUCAUGGAGACAUUCCUCUAACAGCCAAGCACCCAUUUCAAAGGGCCCUCCUAGACCUUUGCGCCGCUUUUUACAGGGUUUGGAUCCAAGGUCCACGGCUAAUCUAUUUUUAGACGCUUCAUGCAUUGGGGAAAAGGUUAUAAACCAGGACGACUGUUUCAUAUUGAAGCUAGAGACAAGUCCAGCCAUUCGAGAGGCACAAAGCGGUCCUAAUUACGAGAUCAUUCACCAUACAAUCUGGGGUUACUUCAGCCAAAGAUCAGGACUAUUGGUUCAAUUUGAGGAUUCAAGGCUGCUAAGAAUGAGAACAAAAGCUGACGACGAUGUUUUCUGGGAAACUAGCACGGAAUCAGUAAUGGAUGAUUACAGACACGUCGAUGGUGUUAACAUUGCACAUGGCGGCAGGACACGUGUCAGAAUUUUUAGAUAUGGAGAGCAUUCUGCAAAUCACAAGAGGGAGAUGGAAGAGAAAUGGAAGAUUGAAGAAGCAGAUUUUAACAUUUGGGGUUUGACGGCAGAUUACUUUCAUCCUCCAGAGGACAUCAAAUAAAAAUAAUUAAUAUAUUU